AUGGCGGGAAUUGCAGGUGGUUCUCAGGCGGUUAGAAAAACCGUUAUGUGGUUAGGCGGUGUUGACGACUUCCUCUACUCUUACGGCCUCUCCUUUCUUCCCCUCUCCACCGCCACCCUCCUCAUGUCAACGCAGCUCGGCUUCACCGUCGUCUUCAGCUUCUUCAUCGUGAAGCAAAAGCUGAACGCAUUUACAGUGAACGCGGUGGUGCUGCUAACGUUUGGCAUUGUGAUUCUGGGCGUGCGUGCCAAUAAUGAUCUGCUGGACGGGGAAGCCAAGCAGAGGUACUAUCUAGGGUUUAUAAUGACGCUCGGGGCUGCCAUUAUAUACAGCAUGGUGCUGCCACUCGUGGAACUUAUCUAUAUCCGCACGAAGCAGGAGAUGUCUCAUGAACUUGUUAUUGAGAUGCAGUUUUUCAUGGGGCUUUUCGCAUCCAUUUUUUGUGCGUUUGGGAUGGCUUUCAACAAGGAUUUUCAGGCGAUCUCAAGAGAGAGCGAGCUGUAUGGGCUUGGCAAGGCAGAGUACUACUUGGUGGUCUUGUUCACCACUGUUACGGGUCAGUUCUUCUUCUUAGGCACGGUGGGAACCAUUAAGUACUCUUCAGCUUUACUUUGUGGCGUUAUUAUUGCGGUCUGUAUCCCCAUUACAGAAGUUUUUGCGCUCAUCUUCUUCCAUGAGAAAUUUGAUGGAGUGAAAGGAGUUGCCCUAGCUCUUUCUCUUUGGGGCACUGCUUCUUACUUUUAUGGUGAGUAUAAAGAACACAAUAAGAGCAAUGUGUAUGCAAUGGAGUCUCAACAUCUUCCUCUUUAA